AGCAGAUAAUUGCUAAGUGCAUCGCUAGCACAGUUGGUCCGAGCCGCCGAAAAGGUCUGGUCGCAGAGACAGGAACGCGUAAUCCUCAGCGUGCUCCAGCCCGGCAGCAUCCUUCCACGGCUCGGCAGGGCAGCGAGCCUCUGGGCACCGGCCCCUCUGCUCCGCGGAAAAGCCUGAUGAAGUCCUCCGAUAUCGAUCAGGAUUUAUUUACAGACAGUUACUGCAAGGUGUGCAGUGCGCAGCUCAUAUCGGAAUCUCAGCGAGUGGCCCACUACGAGAGUCGAAAACAUGCAAGCAAGGUCCGACUGUAUUACAUGCUUCACCCCAGAGAUGGUGGGUGUCCUGCCAAGAGGCUCCGAUCAGAAAAUGGAAAUGAUGCUGACAUGGUGGAUAAAAACAAGUGCUGUACGCUCUGUAACAUGUCCUUCACCUCAGCAGUGGUGGCUGAGUCACAUUAUCAAGGCAAAAUCCAUGCCAAAAGGUUAAAACUGUUGCUAGGAGAGAAAACCCCAUUAAAGACCACAGCUACACCUCUGAGCUCACUUAAACCUCCGAGGGUGGACACUGCUCCAGUGGUCUCAUCGCCCUAUCAAAGAAGAGAUUCCGACAGAUACUGUGGGCUCUGUGCAGCCUGGUUUAACAAUCCUCUGAUGGCCCAGCAGCAUUAUGAUGGCAAGAAACACAAAAAGAAUGCAGCGAGAGUUGCUUUACUAGAACAGCUUGGGACAACUCUGGACAUGGGGGAACUAAGAGGUCUGAGGCGCAACUACAGAUGUACCAUCUGCAGUGUCUCUCUAAACUCCAUAGAACAGUAUCAUGCCCAUCUGAAAGGAUCUAAACACCAGACCAACCUGAAGAAUAAGUAGUGAAAACAUCAAUCAAGAGCUGAGAAAAAAAAAGGGGGGAUUUCUCUGCUGUGGAGAAUUGCUUACCAACCACCACAGGAAGCGUCUUUCUUGAACAACGAACAUUUCUUAAGAGGAUUCACAGAAUCACAUAUAACUAAUCUUAGUUUUGGAGAGUGAAUGAGUUUUUUUUUUUUUUUUUGUGGUAAGUUCUAAUAGUUGGAUGGAUUUUUAAAAUUCUUUCCUGAUAAUAUAUUUAGCACAUGCUCUAAAUUAUAAUCCUAUAGCCAACCACGGGAACAUCAUUUCAACUUAAAGACAGUGGGGAAAAAGAAUCUGAAUUUCCAAUUUGUUCUCAGAUUUCUUCAACGUAGAAUUAUUCUGUUCAAUCUUUGCUGAUUGAGAGGUAAACCACUUCGAUCAAGACAUAAACUUUCUCUUUUCAUCGUGUUGCCUGUGAUCAGUGGCAACGUGCACAGAACCUGACGAAUCACUAUUCGAAGAAGAUAUAUAAUGGACACAAAUUCUCAUUUCACCUUCAAAAGUAUAAGCCAGCUUUGCCAUCUGAACAACAGGAUUGAAGAGGGUAAAUAAAGAAGGAAACUUCAUCCUUUUUUUUUUUUUUUCUUUUUUUCCUUCCUGAUCAUUCAGAGAACAAUUUCUCAAGGUUAAGCCAAGUCCUCUUUGCAAGCUGCCAAAAUAAUAGCUUAGGAAAAGAAUUAGUCUGCCUGCAUGAUGAUCCUCUUCGGCAAAAACGUCUUGACAGCAGUUGACCUUGAUGAAACGUUGUCCCAAAGGUAUUCCAAAGAAGGAUGAUCCACCCCAGAAUGAGAGGGAAACCGGUGAAGGUUUUAUUUUUUUUAGGAAGUAGGCCUGCACCGUGGGCUUUCAUGCGGGGUGCUGAUGAUGUGGAAAGAAGUGAGUGAAUUCGGAAGAGAUGAUGACAUUGGGUAUUGAGGUCACCUAUUCCUCGGUUUCCCACCGAAGUCUUCUUGCUGAGCUAAGAUUCGACCACUUGGGAGCAAGUGUCACCAGCCACUACGGCAGACCGCAAAACCCUUACUCUCUGAUGGUGAAUGUCUCUCAGUGUAAAUCUCCGCCUCGUAAAGUUUUUUGUCUAGGUUGAAUUCUUCUCCAGGGUGCCUGGAUUUGGUGACCUGCAGGCUGGCUGCAAAGCCAGCUGGGCAUUUAGCUUCUAUUCUGGAUGUUUCUUAGGGCUCAGGGUGGGGUUGCCUUUUGCACAUGGUGACCACAGAUGAUUGAUCUCCUGGCGGCAGGAUUUUCUAGAUGUCUAUUAUUUUUCCACAGAGAGCUGAGGUGGCUACAAUUCAGUUGAGCAGUAAAUGAAAUGACUCAGGCAUGCGCAGUGUUGUGAUGGGGGUGCUUAAAAUUUGGCACCAUUCCCUCCUGAAGGGUCUGCUCAGAAGGGACUGGGAUUGUCAGUUUCUGUGCCUGCAGCAAGGAGCCGCCCCAGCAGCCACAGCAGCCACAUGGGAAGGAAGGAGGGUUUGACGGGAAGCAAUCUAUUUUUCUGUUUUGGAAAGCACACAACAGAGCUACAGACCUCCAAUGUUGACUUUUUUUCGAAUGUGUAAAGUAAGGCUUUAUUUGUCAAUUCUGCUGUAAAAUAAGCCUGUCCAAGUUAAAAAAAAAAAAAAAAAAGAGAGAGAAAGAAAGAAAAAGUCUUUGUUUCUGUUUGUUUCGUGAAUGAACUCAUAUCUUUAAGCGUUUUUUUUUUUAUUAAUAACCUAAUAUAGACAAGCCUGUGAAUGUAGAUUUCCUUUGCUUUUCAGAGAGGCUGUGCCAAACCUCUAAUAGAUAAGCUUCCUGGUAUAAUAAUCAGAUUAUUUCCAGAAUUCCUCCUCUAAAUACCAGCAUUCUUUAGCAGCCUGUCCAAUCAAAGCAAAUACCCUGAGGUGUGUUGUUGGUUUAUAAAUUUCUCUGCAGAUAAAGGAAAUUGCCAUUCCAGUGGCCAUGGAGGUGACAUAUUUUACCUAAAACGAGAAGAGCCUAUGAAAGUUAUUUGUAUUUGGGGAGAGUCGUGAAUGGAAGCAUCUCUGCUGGGGAACUAGUGGUUUAUUGUUUCUGUCCCUUUGGAGUGGGGGGUAUUGUUAUAGUUGUUUAAUUAAUUCGUCUUACCUUCCAUCUUCAUUAUGAAUGAUUUGGGUGAGCUAAGAAGGGAAAUCUUUUCAAAUGGUCCAGUUAAUUCUGGUGGAAAGGAAGAGGCUCCCGCAGCCCUGGCCCUUGUGAAGGCUCUGGAAGGACCACCCCAUGAGGACAGAGGUUCUGGGAGAGACAAGAUUGCAACCAGGAAUUUCCUGUAAAAUCUUAGUUCAUGGGAGCGAGGGGAUUAAAUAUUGAUCUCCAAAUGAUCAAUAUUUAAAUUACUGCACGGUUUCAGAGUAUUCUUAUAAUGUCAGCUAAACUAACCAUCUACCACUGAUUUGAAGUUUCACUCCCAAAAGGGAAAAAAUGAUUCGGAGUUAACACACCAGACUAAUGAUGUUCUUCUAUGAGAGUAACAUUUUUUUGCGUUGAAAAAGAUAGUUGCUAAGUGGUUGAAAUCAUCUAUAUCUUCUCUUUGAGAUAAAAGCUGUGCUGGUCAUGCAAUUUACUCGGUUUGCAAAGAGUUUUUCUGCUUUAAGUACAGAGGUAUGCUUCAGGCUGGCACCAGGGUCAUGGCCACAGAUGCCAAGGGACUGCGACCCAAGUUAAUGAGCUUUUGUUAAGCAUAGUCUCUGCAGCCCAGUACUCUCAUAAAUAUGAUAAAAGUAGUAAUAAAACUCAUCUGAAUUUGGUUGCCUACAAAGACCAAUAGGAUUUAGUUUUCAUUUGCCUUUUAGAUGACACAUAAACAUACAUGGGAAUUGAAGGAGCCUUUAUACCUUUCUAUUUAUUUUUUUAUUUGUUUAUUUUUACGGCCUCACCUGAGGCAUAUGGAAGUUUCUAGGCUAGGGGUUGAAUCAGAGCUGCAGCGGCUGGCCUACACCACAGCCAUGGCAACACCAGAUCCGAGCUACGUCUGUGACCUACGCAGCAACUUCUGGCAACGCCAGGUCCUUAAUGCACUAAGCGAAGCCAGAGAUUGAACCUGGAACCUCAUGGAUACUAAUUGGGUUCUUAACCUGCUGAGCCACAGUGGGAACUCCUAUACCUUUCUAUUGAGGUGAGUUUAUUAGACCACUCAGAUCAGGAGAGGAAAAUAUGAGAUAGAUGAAAAAUGCUGAUACUCACAUUGGGAAAUUUGAGCCCUGGAGUGAGUGAGGGCAGAUCAUGGAUCUCUUCCAAAGCUGAUUUUUUGAAUGAGGAGUUUCUGACAGAAUUGAUUUUUGUUCUUUUGUGACCAGAAUGAGAAGGGGGCUAAUCAGCAGAUUAUUGUGGGGAUAGACUUUUUUCUUUCGCUGUUUCUUACCUAAUUCAUUCAUACUAAAGCCAUGCUAUCCUACUGUAUAGCACAGGGAACUACAUCUAAUCUCCUGGGACAGAAUAUGAUGGAAGAUAAUAUGAGAAAAAGAAUGUGUGUGUAUACACACACACACACACAUAUAUAUAUGUAUGACAGGUCACUUUGCUGUACAGCAGAAAUUGACAGAACACUGUAAAUCAACUAUACUUUAAUAAAAAAAUUUUUUUAAAGAAUUAGGUGAACGCUUCAAAAAGUAAAUAAAUUAUGCUAACCCAUCUCAUAGGUUUGUGAUGUGGAUUGGCUAAUUAAUAAAAGUCAAGUGCUUAAAACUAUAAA